AUGGGAGAGGAAGUUCAGUCGAUAGUUAUAGACAACGGCUCUGGAUUAUGCAAAUGUGGACUGUCAGGAGAAAGUCUUCCUCGGUCUGUCUUUCCAUCGAUCGUUGGAGUUCCUCGAGAAUCAAAUGUAAUGGCAGGACUUGGGAACAAAAGCGUGUACUUGGGAAAUGAGGCAGAUUCAAAAAGAGGGGUUUUGACAUUGAAAUACCCAAUUGAACAUGGUGUAGUCACUAACUGGGAUGACAUGGAAAAGUUGUGGUACCACGCGUUCUACAACGAACUCAAAACACCACCAGAAGAUCGACCGUUGUUGCUCACUGCACCUCCAACAACAACCUCAGCUUAUAAAAAUCGGAUGAUGCAAAUCAUGUUUGAGACGUUCAACGUGCCGUCGCUAUUUAUAUGCCCACAGGCUGUGCUGUCGUUAUACACAUCGGGUAGAUUAACUGGACUUGUACUUGAUAGUGGAGAUGGCGUGACACAUGCGGUACCGGUAUAUGAAGGCUUUUCUUUGCCACAUUCAGUGUUGUCUCUUGACUUAGCUGGAAGAGACUUAACAGAAUACAUGAUGAAGAUAUUAACAGAGAGCGGCAAUUCAUUCACAACGACUGCUGAUAGAGAGAUAUGCAAAGACAUCAAAGAGAAUUUGUGUUAUGUAGCGGGUGACUAUAUGGACGAAUUACAGAAGAUGGAGAAGUCUGUUGAUCUCAAGAAGAGUUACGAACUUCCCGAUGGCCAAGAAAUUGUUAUUGGGAAUGAACGUUUCAGAUGUCCCGAAGCACUCUUUGUGCCGGGGUAUAUUGGUUUGGAGUGUGACGGUAUUCACGAGACUACAUACAACUCGAUCAUGAAGUGUGAUGUUGAUAUCAGAAAGGACUUGUACAAGAACAUUGUGUUGUCUGGAGGAAGCACGAUGUUUUCUGGCUUAAGGGAUCGUAUGGAAAAUGAGAUUAAAAAGUUGGCACCAAGAACCAUGGAAGUUAAAGUCAUAGCGCCGGAGAUGCGCAAAUACUCUGUGUGGAUUGGUGGUUCUAUUCUAGCUUCAUUAUCGACUUUCCAAUACUUGACCACUGCCAAGGAAGACUAUGAAGAGUCUGGAAGUAACUUAAAAAAGUGA